AUGCGCGAUACCCCCUCCAAGUUCAUCGAGAUCCUUGAUCCCAAGGACAGUCCAAUGCGCAUGUCCGACUCGGACGUCCGCCUCGAGGACGUCCUCGCCGUCCACGAGGCAACCAUCAGUCGUCCUCGCUCCUCCACACAAUCCUCCAAAGCCCUGGAAAAACCACUGGCGCGCACAAACUCCACUUCUCCCACGCAGCGCUGGAAGCGCAUUAGUAGUAUCCUCGUGCAGCCGCGCCGGAACUCCUAG